CACUUCUAGUAGCAGGUGCAGCUGGUCCUCACCUCAGUCUUCUACCAGUUUUCCAGAAGAUCACCGGCGUUUUCCCGUGAUCCAGCCUACCAUUGUAUGGUCUUGCCAAAUGUCUGAGCAGUACUACUAUGUCCGCAAAGCUACCAAUUUUGAACAGCCAUCUAUGACCCAUCUCGUCGACAAUGACGAGCACACCUAUGCUGAAGCUGACCAUCCUCCGCUUCGUCCCAGUGAUGUAUCCGCUGGAAAACCACGGCGCUGACAUGAGGCCUAGCUAGCACGCCCUUCCUCAACCCUCGCUCAAUGGGAAUGCGAGAUGCUCGCCACCAAUGCCCACAAAAGCGUCUGCACCCAUCCUCUGCCGCUGGUGGAAUUCUGAAACUCUGCAUCCUGCCUGGGCCAAAGCAUCCUACUGGACAAGAGCAGGAAUGCGUAUCCGGCUCCCGCCCAACGCGUUCAUUUGGGCUUUGUGUUGUGGUCCACCGUCACGAUCCUAGUUCCGCUUGGGCUGCGUCUAGCUGGAUUCCUACUGUGACCGCCUUUGUUCCAGGGAAUACUCAUACACCCUGGAAAGCAAAAAAGGAGGCACUGCUUGCCACGUUGUCUCAUAAUAUUUUGCCAGUGAUCCUUGACGGCCAGGGAGAAUUCAUCGUAUCAUCGUGUCAACUGCAACGUGGCCGUCCUGGCAGUUGGCAUUACUUUUACAGGCUGCCUCAGCGGUUGUCUGACUGCACACCAUGUUUAACCCGUAUUCUCGGCGUCACGAGCCCAUGCAAUGUUUGCCCUGCAAGCGAAUGAUCCUGGCAUCUUGUGGUAAAAGCGACGUAGUCAA